AUGGGCCAGACUAAUAGUAACCUGUUUUUCUUUUCUGUGUGCCCGCAGUAUGAUGCGUCGCAGGAGAUCCUAGUGGAGCCGGAGCUGCGGCGUCUGUGCCCGCUGAGUAGCGGUCCAGAGUACCGCUGGCGGCUGUGGAACCAGCAGCAAGUAGAGUUGCACCUCGAGGACGCUGUUGAACUGCACUCUCCAACCCUCCUCAUUUACCCGUUCUACGAUCAGUCGUACGUCGCCUGGAAUGAUCAGUUUAUGCAGCAGCAGCACGUGCUUGAGAAACUGAAAGAUCAAAAUCCAAGGCACGAUAUUUAUAAGCUUCUACAAGAACAAGAAGGUGGUUCGGACCUGUCGAAAGUGAGUCCAGAGUCGCCGAGAAAGGGUUCAAUCCCGCUGGAAGCGAGUUUAAGCCCUACAGAAGUGACUUCGAACUCAGCAGAUCUUCGCGCGGGCCAAGAUCGCGGCCACACAUCCUCGUUGGGUGACCUCAGGCGGGAACCCCUGCCGCCUGGGGUCCCGGAGAGUUUCCUGGGGCAACACAAGUCCUUGGAGGACGGAGAGUACAUUGCUGAGCUCACCAUCAAGGAGACAGACACUCUGGUCCAAGCUGCCUUCAAUACUACCUUCAGUGUAGUGGCCAUCCGUCUGAAGGCCGUGUUCUUGGACGGGACGGAGCGAGAGUUAGAAGCUACCUCUAACAUCACUCUGCGGGUGGAGGUGGCAGCGCCUACGCCCAACUACACUCUGAAUUGGAUGUGCCGACUGUCCGACAACCCUGACUACCCCUGCUUCUCCGAGCCGGAUCCCUGGGCCUCCUUCCCUACCACCACCCACCACGCUGACGGCUUUUUCGUGCGUAUCAAACACUUAUUGGACAUCCUCUCCCACGCUGAAGACGAUCACGACGACGGACGAGAUACUUCGUCAGUAGGAACCACUUCCACAAUACAGGGUGUUUCCGACGUGGGCACAGAGACAUUCUGGCGUUACAGAACAUCGUCAGUAUCGCCAGCAGACAUAACUUUACCAUCGGGAAAAGCAUCAGCAGACACAUCACACACUGCCUCGACCUCCAGGCUAACAGCUCCACUGAAGAGCUCUGGACUCCUCAGCUCGAAUGUCAGGUACAUCGAAACGAUCAGCUUCCCGGCCUCCAUGUUGCUGCCUGGCCACAAGUUCGUCUUCAUCGCCUCGUGCCACCACGGCUCCAUGACCACCUCUGCCCAGCAGAUGAUCGUUGUCGCCGCUCCCAGAGACAGCGUGGGGAUCAGCAGUCAUCUGGGGUCACAGUUUCCCUUCGGCGCCGCCCGGAGGCUUGUCUUUGAGAGCGAGUGCAUGUCUUGCUCGCCAGAGGAGCUGGCAUCCCUGCAGUACUCCUGGGAGCUCAAGCUUCUACGGGAGGGUGGGGUGAAUGAUGCCACCGUCAGCAGCGACGCUUCCAGCAAAAACUCCAGGGAACUGGCACUGUUGGGGGCCCUUCGUCAGGGGCACACCGAGCUGGGGUUUCUCCCGCGGCCACGGGAUUACCUAAGGGUGUACAACGUGACGGUGAUGAGGGAGUCUGUGAAUGACUCCGUUGAGAGGGUAGAGAGUGUGUCGCCUUACCUCAGUAGCAGAGACCUGCAGAAGUUGCCGGGACCCGUCACGCAGGAGAUGCUAGAGGAGGCGCAAAAGAUAGAGCGACGGUGGCAAGAUGCGCUUCACUUCAGCUACAGGAAGAAGACGAGCCACACCGGAAGACGCUCUGACGGCCGACAAAAACGAAGUGUCCGUCAAGACGCAUCUACGACACCAUCGGCUAGCAGAGAGAACACCCCACCGCUCUCUCAACCUAGCGUGAAGAUGAUGGGUAGCGGAAAUCGUCACGAGCGGGAAGACGUCAGUGGGCGGACAGAGAUCGUCGAGAAUUGGGGCGGAGACGGGCGUGCAUUAGGGCUAGCUCGCCUCACUAGCGACGCCUACCAAGAGGCACGAGCCAUGACCCUAAAAAAAGGCGGGUCUCACGAAGUCGACUCGCUGGAACCCUCGUCUGUAACCUCCGCCAAGCAUCGUCACCCGUUACGCCACUCCUCUGUCACUGAUGCUUUAUUAGGUCAGUUCAGCAGGCGGGAGAGCGACGAACACAGAGUGAAGCUAGACGUUAUGGAGUACGUUGCUGGAGGCAGGACUAACACAGGUACUGUUCCAGACUCACACUACAACACCAGAGAUCCACCACUGAAAGAGAGCGCCAGAGAUUCACCACUGGAAGAGAGCACCAGAGAUCCACCACUGGAAGAGAGCACCAGAAAUCCACCACUGGAAGAGAGCACCAGAGAUCCACUACUUAAAGAGAGCACCAGAGGUACCCUGCUACAGGUGGACGCAGAUGCAACGCUGACACAGCUACGCUUUCGUGCAAAAAUGGUGAACUCUGGAAAUAGCGUCAAAAAAAUUGAAUUGCAAGAAAUCUUUUCGGGGAAUCAUAAGGUGGACGACGAAGACACGAGGUGGGAGUACACAGGCGAGGAUGAACCUGCCAGAUCUCUGGGUAAUGGGCAGGAGGAGGAGAAGCAGGGGCAGGGACAGGAGGAGGAGGAGGAGGAGAAGCAGGAGCAGGGGCAGGAGGAGGACAUUGAGAUGGCGGGGAAAGUUUUACGAGAUUUCGCGCAGCUUAAUUUGGACGGUGUAAUUCCUGUCACGAACAGCAGAAACGAUUUUGAAAGUAAGGUGCACAGAGACGAGGUAAAAGAUGCAAGGAUUGUGAGAGGUUAUGAUAGAGUGAAGCUACAGCAGACAAAGGAGGGAGAUGGAGGAGGAGGGCGUGACCACCAGCUCAGCGGAAACAAGAGAGGAAAAAAACGGAGACAAGUGGAUGUGUUAGGAGGCAGCAGAAGGGAGGCUGGAGUAGUGGCUGGAGUUAUGUCAGAGGCUACGCUGGUGAAAGUUAGCCUUGCUGACACAUCAACCAACUCGCAGCGAACACAGCGAAGAGCUUUAUUAACUGACAACACUCUUCCGGAGAAUUUACGCAGAUCGGGAGUCAAGGAGGUCAGAGUGGAGGUGGGGGAGACGCCUCACCCCCGCGUCGCCCCCGCCGUCACCGCUGACUUCCUACAUUAUUCCAACGUUGGGAAACCAACGGGGGAGACGUCCGGGGUGGGAGUAGCGGAAGCCGCCCCGGGGAAGGCGGUCACGCCCCUGAACCCGUUGAUCCCGCCCACUCCACGGCGUGCACACGCAAGAACGCGGCGCCUACCCAGAGGUGAGGCAGCGGAACGCGCGGGGCAGACGACCUCAGACGCUGCGACAGGUGCGUCUCCGCCUACCUCGCCAACACUGCCUCCAGCACCACCGCUGUUACCAUCACCAGCACCACCACUGCUACCCUCACCAGUCUCCGCAGACGCCUCUUCCUUCAAAGCUCCAUCAUUGCAAGUGGUUAAGGAGGGAGGACGAUUUUCCUCUGUCAUUGAUGAUCAUUCAGGUAGAGAGGACGAGUGGUCAGACUUGUCAUCACCUCGCCUGUUACUCCGUGAGAUGGAGGAGGAAAAAGAACAGGAGGAAGAUACAGAUGAAGAGGAGAGAGAUGAGGAAAAGGAGGAGAGUAAAGAUAGGAGAAAGCUUGAAAAAAUAAUGCCAAAGUCAGAAGAGAAAACAUUGCUGAAGAUGAAAUUAAAUCCGGAAACUUUCCUGAGAAAUGAUCGCGAGAGAAAAGACAAAGGAAUAAUAGAAAAGUCCAGACUAGAGGUGACACAGAAUAAAAAGAAACUGGAAGGAAUAGACAAAGCGGCACAAACAGACAACAUGGCCGGGGUCACGACCUUAAACCACGGCAGGGAGGAGACAAGGUACACACACACUGACUUGACCUCUAGAACCAGUGUACAAGGUGGCAAGAAGCAACGCACCAACACAAAGGUAGAGAGGAAUGAUACUGGUGGUGAGGGAGAGAAAGAUGAUACUGGCAGUGAAGGAGACAAGGAUGAUUCUAGUGAGGGAGAGAGGAAUGAUACAGGUGAUGAGAAAGACGAGGAUGAUACAGGUGGUGAGGGAGAGAGGACUGAUACUAGUGGUGAGGGAGAGGAGGAGGAUGAUGAGGUGGAGGCGGUGCAGGUUUCACACCAGUCCGUCCAUCAGCAAGAUGACUCUGCACACUUGCCAGUCAGAGACGCACAGCCGAAUCUUGCACCAGAUGGGGGAGCACCCAUUAGACACUCAGAUCAAUUCGUACCAAGAAGAGGCUCAGGGCCAGGUGGAGCUCAGAGGAAGACGUCGACGCGCAGGCCCAAGAACUCUAAAGUUUACCCCACUGCGUCGCCUUCUGGAGUUUUCGACUAUCAGCAAUACAAGAAACUCGGCCGCCGUAAAAUCUCCCCAUCCUUGAGUUCCGAGUCUGGCCGAAGUAUUGGAAAUACAGCGAGGAGAGCUGGCCGUAAUGGGGGUGAUCGCGUAAGGGCAGCUUCCUCAGGUGCACACUACUCCAGAAGUGGUGAUGGAAUGGCUGCCAAUCACACAACGCAAGAUGGAAUGGGAGGACCUCGUCAUAUAUCAGAGAGGGCGAGAGGAAAGUCGCAGUUCGAGCCAUCAGAACGCUUGCCUACCAGGAGGGAAGACGAAUUAAGGCAGCUUGUAAGAGGUAAAGGCGCAGACAGCACAUUGUGGCUACAAGAACGAGAACAUCGUCAGCAGAAGAAGGUUACAGAGGUUGAUAGGAUGCCAUCUCCCUACUUCGCCAGCACCCCAAGACGCCGUCCACCACUCUCAAUGAUCACAGAAGGACAGCGUGAACCAAUCAGAGGCUCUGGCUACCAGACGGAGCUCAAGAACUAUGUGGAAACUCAUCAAGAUGUUCCAAACUUCAGCUGCCGAUCAGAACACUGGGAGGAGUGCGCCAAGACUCGCCCCGGGGGGCAAGUACAGGACGUCCUUAAUAACACUCUAGGAGAGUCCAGCAAGGACAACAGUGUCAUGAACACCAAGUGAGUGAGAGAGGCUCUUCUGUUUGUCCAGUUCCCC